AGUGAUAUCGUGCUCUCGUUCCAUGUGCAAAUCGCAUUGCGCUAAUCCCCUAUGCCGCACCUGCUCUCCUGCCGCACCUGCUCUCCUGCCGCACCUGCUCUCCUGCCGCACCUGCUCUCCUGCCGCACCUGCUCUCCUGCCGCACCUGCUCUCCUGCCGCACCUGCUCUCCUGCCGCACCUGCUCUCCUGCCGCACCUGCUCUCCUGCCGCACCUGCUCUCCUGCCGCACCUGCUCUCCUGCCUCACCUGCUCUCCUGCCUCACCUGCUCUCCUGCCGCACCUGCUCUCCUGCCGCACCUGCUCUCCUGCCGCACCUGCUCUCCUGCCUCACCUGCUCUCCUGCCUCACCUGCUCUCCCGCCGCACCUGCUCUCCUGCCGCACCUGCUCUCCUGCCGCACCUGCUCUCCUGCCGCACCUGCUCUCCUGCCGCACCUGCUCUCCUGCCGCACCUGCUCUCCUGUCGCACCUGCUCUCCUGCCGCACCUGCUCUCCUGCCGCACCUGCUCUCCUGCCUCACCUGCUCUCCUGCCUCACCUGCUCUCCUGCCGCACCUGCUCUCCUGCCGCACCUGCUCUCCUGCCGCACCUGCUCUCCUGCCGCACCUGCUCUCCUGCCGCACCUGCUCUCCUGCUCUCCUGCCGCACCUGCUCUCCUGCCUCACCUGCUCUCCUGCCUCACCUGCUCUCCUGCCUCACCUGCUCUCCUGCCUCACCUGCUCUCCUCUCUCACCGGUCCUCCACCGCCCCUUGCCUCCCUGGCAGCGUGUGGCGGUGCUGACGGGGGCGGGUGUGUCUGCAGCGUCGGGUGUGCCCACGUUCAGAGGCGCGGGGGGGCUCUGGCGCACUUAUGAUGCCACGGAGCUGGCGACCCCACAAGCGUUUGCGGCUGACCCAUCGCUGGUGUGGGAGUUCUACCACUACCGCAGGAGUGUGGUGGCGCGGUGCUCACCCAAUGCGGGCCACGAGGCAUUGGUGCAGCUGGAGCAGCGCUGCCAGUGGCAGGGCAAGGCCUUCACGCUCCUCACUCAGAACGUGGACGGGCUGCACACAGCGGGGGGCAGCAGCGCGCUGGUGGAGCUGCACGGCUGCCUCUGGCGCACCCGCUGCCUCUCCUGUGGGGACAUCGCAGAGAACCGCACUCAACCCAUCUGCACUGCUCUGGAGAGCAAGGGAGCGCCCACCGCGGGUGCCAAGGCAGCGAGCAUUCCUCUCAAGGACCUGCCGCGCUGCACCAAGCUGCCCCAAGGUGUAGCCUUGGGCCGAACCUGCAAUGGGUUGCUUCGGCCGGACGUGGUGUGGUUCGGAGAGUGUCUGGAUCCACGGGUGCUGCAAGCAGCAGAGGGCGCCGUCACAGGCUGCGACUUGCUGCUCGUUGUUGGCACCUCGGGAGUCGUGCAUCCAGCAGCGGGGUAUGUGAGGGUGGUGCGGGCGGCAGGGGGGCGGGUGGCAGAGUUCAACGCGGAAGCCAACACGGCGAUCUCCCCUCUCGCCACCUGGAAGUUCCAUGGGGACUCCGCCACGCUGCUGCCGCUUGUGCUGGGGGUGAAUGGAAGCAAGAGGGAGUUAUGA